AACAUGAGGCAACUUCUGUCAGUCGGAAUGGAUGGCCCAAAUGUAAAUUUUAAGCUGAUGGAUCUCCUUCAAAAGGAGCACGCUGAGCUACAUGGAGGUGCUCAAGUCAUCAAUGUUGGCAGCUGUGGACUGCAUACCCUCCACAACGCAAUGAAGGCAGGCUUCACAGCAUGGCAGCUUGAAAAACUCCUGCGAGGGAUGCAUUUUCUAUUCCACAAUGUUCCUGCCCGGAGAGAGGACUUCACCAACCUCACCAGGUCCUCUUGCUUUCCCCUUCCUUUCUGCGGCCAUAGAUGGAUAGAAAAUGUUCCAGUGGCAGAGAGAGCAAUAGCAGUUUGGCCCAUGCUUCAAAUGUACGUGGAUGCUGCAGAGAAGAAGAAGGUCCAAAAACCCAGCACGGCCUCAUACGACACCAUCUUGGCAGCACAAGGGGACCCUCUUAUCAUCCCAAAACUGCAGUUCUUUCUUGCCAUAUCAAGAAGCUUUAACCCCUUCUUAACCAGAUACCAAACGGACGAGCCAGUGUUGCCAUUUUUGGCCAAAGAUUUGACCGAGCUCUUGAUGAGUUUACUGCAGCGGUUCGUGAAACGGGAGAUCCUACAGGACCGAACCCCCCGGCAGCUGACCCAAAUCGAGGUGUCUGAGGAGAAGAACUGGGUCUCCCUUAGAAAUCUUGACAUAGGCCUGGGUGCUGAGUGUGCCAUCAAGGUGAUGUCAUCAUUCAGCAGUUCACGUCCUUACUCUCUGUUGAGGGCAGAGAUGAAGAAUUUGUGUGCUUUCAACCAUUGAAGCAGCGUCUGGAUGUCUUUCUGCACUCCAAACUCAGCACGUCCCACCCUGAGCUGCUAAGGUUCUGCCAAAGUGUUCUCCUCCUCUCCCAUGGACAAGCCACCGUAGAGAGGGGCUUCUCAGUUAACAAGGAGGUGGAAACGUGUAACCUUCUUGACGAAUCUCUUGAAGCACUGAGAUUAAUUUGUGAUGAGGUCAGCGGCUGUGGUGGCAUUCUCAAAGUGCCUUUGACCAAGGAGCUCCUGGCCUCUGCUGCUUCAGCAAGGUCACAGUACAGGCUAUACCUGGAGCAUGAACGAAAAAAGAAAGAGAGUGCUGCACAAGGACUCAAGAGGAAAGCAGCAGAGGAUGAGCUUGAGGACCUCCGGAACAAGCGCUGGGUACUCAGCAGUGUGACUGAGUCACUCCAAAUAGACGCAGACAAGUUAGCUGACAUGGCUGAGGGAAAGGCAGGAACGAAGAUGGCCGAGCUAAUCACAAAGUCUAACACUCUUCACAGAAGAUUCAAAGACAAAAAAGCUGAACUGCUACAAAUGGACAAAA